AUGAGUAAAACGGUGCACUAUGCGCUGGUUGCAUUCUGGGAGAAGUCCGGAUGCAAGAUCGUGGCGGAUUAUCCAGCGAUGGAGGAUCCAGCGUGCAGGGCGAUCGCGUUGAGCACGGUUGAUGGGUUGAAGUCGGUGGAGAAUGACAAAAUCAGCCUCGAUCGGGGCAAAUACACGGUGCACGUGCUGAUUGGUGAACUGCACUACGCCUGUUUGACAUCGAAGCCGGAUAGUCCUUCGUCAGCAGCCAAGCUGGAAUCCUAUUCCCAGGUAUUUCUGGAGAGGUUGCGAAGCGUUUACAGAGAACUACCCAUCCUGGCAGACCUCUCGAGGGACCUGACCAACCUGGCGGUCAUCGACCUCACGAAACCGUUGGCAAAGAUAGUCGACGAGUACAAUCAAGAGGAGAGCAAUGUCAUCCCAAUAUUAGAGGGAGAACUGGCAGAAGUUCGAAAGGUCCUGAUGGACGGUGUUCAAAAGUUGAUCGACAGGGGCCAAAGGUUGGACGAUCUCGUUCGAAAGACUCAGAGUUUGCAAAUCAUGUCUCGUAAGGAUUUCCGCGUGGUGACAAGAACGAGCAAGAAGAAAAAGAACGCGUUGGUGGCGACAAUCGCAGCCUCUUUGAUGUUCCUCUCCACGUCUCUCCUCGUCGUUCUACUCUACAUAGGGAUCGUCUGA